UUUAAGAUAUAAAAAAAGUGUUUAAAAAAUAUCGUUUUUGUAAAUAUUAUUAAAUGUGGUAUAAACAAUGCCACCCAAGAGGGACGUAAAGAUGUCACCAAUAAAGGAUGCUAAAAAGCCUCCGAAGUAUGUAGCUAAGGUGGUAUCCAAAAAAGACAAAAAGAUUCCAGUAAAGCAGAAUAUUAAGGAACCACAAGGACAAAAUGUCAAGGUAAUAUUAAAUAAAGAUGUUAAGGCAACUCUAGGACAAAAUGUCAAGGUACCAUUAAAUAAAGAUGUUAAUGAACCACUAGAGAAAAAUGUUAAGACACCGUUAAAUAAUGAUGUUAAGAAACUACUAGAGUAUGAUAUUAAGGCACCAUUAAAUAAUGAUGUUAAGGAACCAUUAGAGUAUGAUGUUAAGGCAUCGUUAAAUAAUGAUAUUAAGGAACCACUAGAGCAAGAUGUUAAGGCACCAUUAAAUAAAGAUGUUAAUGAACCGCUAGAGCAAGAUGUUAAGGCAUCGUUAAAUAAAGAUGUUAAUGAAUCACUAGAGCAAGAUGUUCAGGCAUCGCUAAAUAAAGAUGUUGAAGAACUACUAGACCAGGAUGUUAAGCAAGAUGUUUGGGUGCCACUAGAACAGGAUGCUGCGCUGCCGCUAAACCAAGUUAUUGAGGAUCUAAUAGAGCUGAAUGUAAAGGAAUCACUAAAGCAGGAUAUUAAAAUGCCAUCAAAUGAAGAUGUAAAGGUCCCAGUUAACCAAGAUGUUAAGGAAGCACUAGACCAAGAUGUCAAAGCGCCAUUAAAGCAGCAGGUAAAAGUGUUCCUAAAGAAAGAUGCUAAAGUGCCAUUAAAGCAGGAUGUUAAGAUCCAAUCAAAUCAAGAUGUUAAAAAACCAAUAGAGCAGAGUGUUAAGGCGCCUCUAAAGCGGGAUGCAAAAGUGCCCCUAAAGCAAGCUGUUAAGCUGGUACUAAAGCAGAAUACGGUGCCUCAAAAGCGGGAUGUAAACGUGCCACCUAAACUGGUUGGUAAAGUACCGCUGAAGCAAAAAGUGCUACCAAAGCCGGACGUUAGGGUGCCACUAAGGCAAGGUGUUAAAGGGCCACUAAAGGAGGUACCAUUGAAGAAGGACGUUAAGUUGCCACAUAGUUAUGUACGUAAGGGUGACGCACCAGAUGUACAUGCUUUGGAGAUGGAAUUAAAGCAUUUCCGUGCUUUGGUUGAGGAGAAGAACUAUAUUAUUCAAGAUUGUAAAUUUAAGUUCGAUGCUUUAGAAGAAAUAAAGAAAGCUCACUUAUUACUUUACUCAAGUCAAAUAGCAAAACUAGAGCAAAAGGUAAAGCAACUACAAGAAGAGAAUAAUUCCGUGUUAAGCCGUAAGGAUGAACUCGCACAACUCUUAGUUAGGAAGGAUGAAAUUAUAGAUUCUCUUACCGUACACUGUUCGUGUGUAAGUAAAGUAUUUUGUACCGCGGAAACCGCAGAAUACAUUACUAAGGAUAAAGAUUUUUAUGUCGUACUUCAAUCAGACAAAAUCAGUAUGUGGACAUCAAUGAGCAAAGAAACUAAAAUUUUAACAGAAUUUGAUGGUACCAACAGGUGUUCUAACACUGAAGAAUUUCUAAGAGAAUUUAAUAGUAAACUGGCAACUCUGCGCUCAGAUUUGAUUGAGUUAAAUAUUACAAAAAGUAAUUUUGAAAUAUUCAGUAAUGUAAUUACUAAUACAAACCCGUCACUAAUAAUUCCAACGCAAUCUGAUGCAAUUGCUUCAUUAAGCGAGAUCAUUUCUCAGAUGCUUGAGAAAAUAAAGCCAGUUGAUGUACAAAGUAACUUACAGUAUCCCAAGCCGGUCAAAAGUUUUCCGGAAUCUGAGCUCAUGGACGAACAACCUGUACAACUUGAAAAAGUGUGGUAUUCUCUUAAAGCAAAUGUUACUAGCAUGCAAAACUGGUGUGACAGUUUGAAAAAUAAAUACAAACUGUUAAGUGAAACAAAUGAGAACUUGGAGAAGUCCCUGGCUGACUCCUUGGAAAAUUGCAACCGCUUGCAAUGCGAAAAUGAUUCCUUGAAAUCUGAAGCAAAGAAGCUAAGCGAAACAGAUUUUUCAAGUGAUGAUACCAACCCUUUUCCGGAAACAUUGAGAAAGUUGGAUGCUGUGCUCAAAUUCAAUGCAAAGCUUUCUGAAGAACUUGAGUGGAGCUUAAGACAAAAUCAAUCUUUGAAAGUUCAAGUUAAUGAAAUGGACAGUACUUUUAAACAACUCGAAAUGAUUCAGUCGAGUAAAAUUGAAAUUGAAGCCAAAAAAACCCAAAUCAAAGGUGAUUUAGAUUAUCUACAAUCUCAAAUGAAUACAAUAGUUUCAGAGGAUAGACUAUUAUCACAGUCUGAAGUUCGUGAAAAAGUGAGUGAAAUUGAAAUAUGCUUAGAUAAGGUGAAGGAUCUCACUUCAGUAAAACAGGAAAGUGAAAAAUUGUUACUUCCUCGAGAUGACUUAGGCAUCACAUGUGAACCUUCCGUAUUGCAGUGCAAUAUAGUGACUAAUGAUGUUGAGAAAUCAUUUGUUGCAGACGAUUGCACAAAUGAUGAUGAAGUAAAAAAUCUUCUUGAACAAAUACAACAACUAGAAUCAGAAAAUUUAGAAGUCAGUUUAGAGAAAGAAGAAGUCGAUUUAAAGUACGAAGCUGCGUCUAAAAGCUUAGAGUCUUUAUCUGCAGAAUUGGCUGAACUUAAAGCUAUGAAGAAUGUGAAAACUGAGAAGUGUGCUGCAAAGCCAGGUCAAUCAAAAGUAACGUAUGUGAAUCAAAUUGAGCUAAGUGCGUUAAGAAAAAAAUGUAAAGAGCAGGAGACAAAUAUAGCGAAACUAAAAGUUUCAGAGAAAAAGUUAAAGACUGAAAUGACAAAGUUAAAGUCUGAUUUAAAUGCUGCACAACAGAAGACUAAGUAUGGAAAGAAUGAUCACACUGACUGUCAAAAGCAAAAAGCAGAUCUUGAAAGCGAGAUUUCAAAAAGGGAUAAGAAGCAGAAACAGUUGUUGACGUCUGUUGCAGAGCUUAGUGCCACUAAAAAGGAUUUUGAGACUUUAGUUGAUAAACUUAAUGCCGAAAAACUUGAAUUAGAAGCUGUAAUAGAUCAAUUAAACACUGAAAAUGAUGAAAAUAAAAUAGAGUUUGAGCUUAUACAAAGGAAUGUAAGUUCUUACUUAAAAACUAUAUCUGAUUUUGAAUCUGAAGCUAAAGACAAGGCCAUGGAAUUGCAGGAACAAUGUGAAGCAAAACAGUGUUUCAUUGAUGGCUUAAAACGGUGCAAAGCCUUGUGUUAUAAUUUGUUGAGAGAAAACAGUGGCCUAGUACAAAAGUUGGACUCAAAACUUAUCGAUCCGGGUGAAAUUUCAGCUAUGGAUCGCUUGAAGGCAGACACAAUAGAAUCUUUGAAAACUUUGAAACAGCAAGUUGAAGAGUUUAAAAAGGCAUUACACACAGAAAAAGAAUACUGCUCUUACAUUGAAAAAGAAAAUAAUGAGUUUCAACAAAUAUGUACUGCUCACAUUAAUAGAAUUAAGAAUACAGAGGCUAAGCUUGAUGAAUAUAUUAUGAAAGUUGCUGAAUCAGAAGAACUAUUGUCGGCUCAGGAAAAAGAGAUCACUGCAUUUGCGCUAUGGAAAUCCGAGUGUGAGUGUGAGAAUGAGAUGCUGUUACAAAAACGCGAAGAAUUAGAAAGGCUGGUAAACCAAACAAAAAUUGAACAGCAUGAAAAAGAAGAUCAGUUUACAGAACACUUGGAUAAAUAUAAUAUACUUCGUCAAGAAAAAGAAACCAUAGCUGCUCAGGUUGAAUCAGAUACUUGCGAUAUUCAGGACAUCAGUGAAGCGUAUGGAAUAAUAAGAAAUAACGUUCAUUGUUUCCUCUCCAAUUGGCAUACCACGGAGAUGGAACGCAAUAAGAGAAGAAUGGAUGAAAAUGCUGCUUUACAAAAUGAAAUUGAAGCACUUCAUAUUAAGAAUACUAGUGAAAAAAGAAUGAUGUUAUUCGAAUUGAACACCUUAAAGGAAAUCUAUGAGAAAGCAAUGACUAAUCUUGAAAACGAGAAAUUAUCUUACAAGCAGGCAAACAUGGAUUUCAACUCUAAACUUAUACAUGUGUCCGCUGAACUGAAGGAUUAUGAAGAAAAACUCUCUUCACAAACCUCUGAGUAUCAGAGUUUACAACUAAAAUAUAAAUAUGCUAGUGGUAAGAACGAUGUAUAUCUGGAUCGAAUUGAAGACUUACAAUACUUACAAAAAGUUGUUGAAGAUACUGUCACUAAUUAUAGUUUAUUAGAGUUGACAAACUGCACUUUACUGCGUGAGAAGGAGAAAUGCUUAGCAGAAUUUGACUCAUGUCGCAAGAAGUUGAAAAGCGAAAGAGUUCUUUUUAAAAAAGAAAAAAAAGACUUACGUCAAUAUAUGAGACAACUAAAAUCAAAAUGCAAUGAUUUAUUUGAACUCUCCGAGACCUUAAAAGCUGCUAAUCUAUCCUUGGAAGCAAAAUGUUCCAAUAUACAAUUGUUUAAAAAUUUCGAUCUUCAAAAACCGCAAUACGAUCUUGAAAUGGCUAGUGGCUUCACUUCCACUUCUAAUAAUGGAGAUGGUGGCAUUCAAGAUGGGUCUUCAGAUCUUAAUAAUGAUUUACAGGCUCCACAGCCGAAACCACCGUUCCAAAACUUCUUGUGUGGUAGUGAGCUUAUAGCCAAGCAAAGCAGUUGUAGCUCUAAACCAAAACCCAUAAAUGCAAUAAACCAGGAAACGCAACCCUAUAUACCACCUAAAAAUGUCAAGCGCUUGUCCAAACAUAAACAGAGGAAAGCCGAUAUUAAAGGUGUAUCCAGACAUUAUGCUGAACGUAAGCUUAAACGUCAAAGCUACUACGAUAUUCAACGACCUGAUCUAUAAAUGAAUUUAAUUAUACACAAGGUCGUUGAUGUGUAUAAUUAACACAUUUACUUAUUAAUUUGUUAUUAAGAUGUUUAUUUUUGAAACUUUAUUUGAACGAGUCUACCCGUAAACGACACAUUUCAAUAAUCUUUAAACAAAAUUAAUAA